AUGCUUUAUUACUUGUUCAGAUGCCCCAACUGUCUAGCGGAAAUUACGUUCAAAACGGAUUUGGAAAAUUGCGACUAUCAAAAUGAGCACGGAGCCACUCGAUUAUUCGAAGCCAUCAAGCUCUACCAAGAUGCAGAAAAGGCAAAGGAAGCGCAAGAAGAAGAAGACAAGAAGGACCCUAUGAAAAUGCUCGAAAAGCGAACGAUGAUGAGUCGCGCCGAGAUGGAAGCAAUGGAAAUUAGUAGACAUAAAGAAUCUGUUGAUGUUGACCAAUUUUUGGAAGCAACAAAGCCGGAGUUGUCGAUAGCUGAACAAAUAAAGUUGCAAGAACAGGAAGACGAGGAGUUCAUUAGGCAAGUUCUUGGAAAAACUGCCGAUGGCAAGAUAAUCAAACGGUUAGAGGAUGACGAUGAAGAAGAGGGGAAACCUGGAACUAGCGGUUUGGUCAAAACCGAAGAAGUCCAUGAUGUAAAGCCAUUAGACAUAAAGCCAUCAUUCGCCAAGGAUGUGCCAAAACGGCCAAACGAUCAAAAAACUCUUUUGUCGAAAUUAGUCGUAGUAAAGAAGAAAAAGUUGCUUGCUCCAACUCAGGCUUUUCCUUCCCUUUUUGACAUUUCCGAUAUUGAUCAGACGUUUGCCUGA